AUGCCUCUGUUACGCAGAGAUUCAUCGAAUGAUUAUGGCCCUCAAUUACUCAGAGAUGUCUGGGCUUUAACUGCAGUGGCUAUUCUGAUGGUCAUUUUGAGGAUUAUCGCGAAAUUGAGAAUCGGGAAAUUCGGAACGGAUGAUCUGCUCAUGACAUUUGCAUUGGUCAGCCCAAACCUCCUGCUCGCAAUUGAGAUCCGAUGUCUGGCUUUGAUAGGAUCAAUUCUGCUUACCCUGGCUAUACAAUAUGGAUUCGGUCGGCCAGCGUCUGAGAAUGACUCGGAGGUAUCGAAGAUAAUUAUGUAUGACUAUCUUUCGCAAACAUUCAGUCUUGCGGGUGGGACACUCGGACGAGUAUCCUUUAUUGUCUUCAUUGUUGGACUCCUGGUUCAGAGGUUGUCUGAACGAAUUGUUCUGUGGGCCCUGGCUGCCCUGCAGGUGAUCGUCAACGGCAUGGUGAUCAUCAUAAUAUUUGUUCAAUGCCCUGGACAUGCGUCGGCAAUUUGGGACCAUUCCGGCAAAUCGAAAUGCUGGGAUCUUCGUGUCCAAGAAUACUAUGGCUACUUCCAAGGAGCUUUCAAUGCCACGACAGACCUAUACCUUGCCGUUUUCUCAACGUACAUUUUUUGGUACUUGAACUUGAAGCUACGUGUGAAGCUAGGCUUGGUGGCUUUACUGGGCAUGGGCAUCUUCGCCAUGGUCGCAGCCAUAAUAAAAACCGUCCAAACCCACGUCCUCGGAACCUCCGACAGUGACCCGACCAUUGCUACCGUCAAUUACGAUCGCUGGCUGUAUAUCGAAACCUACCUUGUUAUAAUCACAGCUUCAGUCCCUUGCGUUCGGUCACUGUUCCGCUCCUCCAACAGCCGAAAAAUAAGCACUGGGAAUACUCAUGAGCUCAACUCUCGACAUGCAACUAACUCCUCACAUAAUACACGACCCAGAAGGCGAGACUCUUCUAUCGACGGGAAGAGGAUCAUUGAUUUGUCCGAGGACUAUGCUAGUAAUGAUGAUGUCUCUAAUAACCACUACGAGGCGCCAGAGUCCAGACAGUCAAGAGAAUCAGUGGCCAUGUGCGUCUGA